AUGCGCCACCGUGCCCCAGCCACUUAUCUUGCUUUGGCCUUUUUGAGGUCAUGCCUGGGCGAGACACACACAGCAGUUGAGGUUUUUACCACGCUCACUACCGAGGUUACGACGAAAACGGAGACAGCUUAUGUCUUUGACGCAGACUGUACGGAGGCAGACUUUGAGGACUCUCCGGUGACUUCCAGCACCGAGUCUGCGUCGAAUGCGUCUCCAACUACCGUGCUCCUUCCUGCCAUCCAUUGGGACCAGGAUACGAGUAGCAUCGAGAACUUGCAUCCCGUUCCAGCUGGUGAAACAGUUGCAUUGUUCUACUCCGAAGGUGGAUCAUGUGAUCCAAACAUGGAGGCUAUGAUAGCGUCUAUGACGCCAGCCUUCAACUACACGGCCGUUGUCCUGGACCAUUCAGACCAUGUCAGCGACGUAGUGUUCCACUCAGGAUCCGGGCAUCUUAACAUCCAGUUCGGGUCCCCGGAGGCCUAUGAUGCAGCUGUCAAAAGCUGGAACGAAACAAACUUGCUCCUCAUCACAAACACACCGGGCUGUGGAAACUACGAUGGCGGCGAGCGUUGUUACUUUGCCGUCACUACGCUCAACUUCGAUCGGCCAAACCUGUCGGUUAGGGUGUCCGGCGACAAUCAGAUUUUUGCGGACAUUGUUAACGACGUCACCUUCGAGUGGGGACUAUGGCGGCCAUCUGCAUCUGCGACGGCGUCAACAGCAACCUCCACUUCAGAGCCAACUUGCUUGGGCGACGACUUCGACCUCCAGCUCGACGAUGCCCUUGGCUACGGUGAUAUGAGCGAGUUCGAAUUUGCCGACUAUGUGAACCUGACAGUUCCUGGAAUCGACCAAGACGGCGACGAGAACUUCGAAAAUUAUCUAGUCGCACGUCAAGCUGUUUCGCUAGGGUUUCCCGGAUUCUCAGUACAACUCAAUCCACUCGCAGGACCGCCAAUCUCCCCAGCCCCAGUUGGUAUAACAACACAACAACUUUCGAAGGCUCUCCAAGGUCUUCCUAUCAUUGCGCAGCCAAACACUCGGCGAUUUAGCUUCUCGAUCCCCUCCGUCCAGCCGAGCGACUGCAGCGACAAUUCGUGUACACCUGUCCAGGGCUCAUUGGCAAAGAUUCGUCAAUCCCCGUGGGGAAAACAACUUCUGCUGUACAGCUGGGACUCGAGCAAGACGAACAACAAAGGUAAAAAGGGAAAAGCUUUCACCAAGGGCAAAGGCAAGAAGGCAAAAGAGUCCAGCUUUACGGGCUCACUGAAUCUGUACUGCGUCGACUGCAGUGCCAAGGGAUCAUUUGCUGUUUCGGGCAAGACAUCGUUUGUCAACAUUUUAGGGGCGCUCCUAAGGCUGAGUAACGGCUGGGCUCAGGUCGACGUCUCAACCGAGUUGGCGCUGAAGCUUGGAGUUGAGGCCGAGCUCGAGUACGAUUCAGGUCCCCUGAAGACGUCAUUAUUCCGGAAGUCGUUGAACCCGUAUUCAGUUGCGGGUGCAUUUGACGUCGGUCCCAUCUUCGAUGUUUCUGCCGCCUUCCAAUUCAACGCCGUGGCCAGCGGGAAGGUGCUCGCCGGCGGAACGUUCACGUUGACGGAUGCGUCGUGGCGAGUUGAUCUCUCGACAGGGAAAACAACACUGAAAAAGAACUGGGACCCCAUAUUCAACCCGAUCUUUGAGGCAGACGGAGAUAUUACUGCUUCGGCUGAUGUCGGCUUGCCUGUAUCCCUGAGUCUCGGUCUGAAAGCUUUGGGAGGGAAGUUUGAUGCGACAGUUGGCAUCACCGACACCCCAUCGUUGACUGGCACUGCCCAAAUCUCUGCCGAAUUGUCAUUGAAUGAAGACAGGUCCAUCACUCGCGGCCUGACAACACCGGGUGGCUGCCAAGGCAUCUCAACUAAACUUACUUGGACAAAUCGCGUUUUCGGCCAUGCAACGGUAAAGAUAAUCAAGAAUUUAUUCAAUGAAGAGUAUGAGUUCCACAAGAUAUCGAAGGAACUUUUGACAAAGUGUAUCAAGCUUGGCUCGCGGCCCCCAGCUGCCGAUGAAGCAGCAGGCAACAAUUCUCCAUCGACCGAGCGUCCCGCUGUAGCUAACAGCAAACGCCAAUCCGGCCCCCAGCUCGAUCCGGAUAUUAUACUUUACUCGGACCCUAUGAUCCAGCCUGUAGCCUACAGCACUACGGACGGCUUCGGAUACGCGGGCGUGAACGUCUACGACGACAGCGGGAGCAGGAGCUCGCUCUUCAACUGCGCCGACGACAACUUCUACGUUGGCACUAGCGACGAUGGCAGUUACUGCUCCUCCUUCUUCCGCUUCGGUAACGAAACGGCGCUGCUUACUGCCGACAACACUCUGCUCCACUACUACGGAAACACCAUGGCCCGCCUCGGCGUCAGCCGGCUGCGCACCGCGCCGCCAGAAUGGGUGCCUCGCAGCUCCAUCUACGUAGCGCUCGCCCCCGCAGCCCCACUGGAGAAUACUGAGAAGCGCGGAUUGGUUGCUGUUGAUGUGUCGGGCAACAUAUUCUUCCCGGUCGUGUGCAAGUAUACGGACGAUGCCCUGCCGAACAAGGUCUUCGUCGUCGAGGACCUCAAGAAGGGCAUCGAGACGCUCAAGUCACCCAGCAUCAUCUACUCGAUUACGAAUGGAGCGGUCGCGGACUGCUGGCCGCUGGGCUUGGUUCGUGGCGAUGAUGGGGAAGGGCAGUACGUUGGCAGUGUGUACCAGGAGGAUCCAGAUGCAUCGAUAUUCAAUUCUGGAGACCUCCUUUAG